AUGGCGGCCGAACGUGUUUUGGGAAGUUCUCUAAAACUUUUAGCUUUUCUGUUCACCGUUGUAUUUAUAAUUCAGGAUAAUGUCAUCACAUUUAAGAAACAAGACCCUGGCGUCCCACAGACGGUUUCAACAUCACUUGAGGUGCUGGGGCUUGCCUCCUACUCAACUCUUCGACCGAAUGGCAGGUUUAAAUCUCGCGCCAGGCGCUUUCUGGCGCUCAGAGUGCAAUACACCGUCAAAGCGAGGAACAGCUUUAACUUGCAGAGAAAUUUGAUAGUAUAUGGGGAUAUAUUGUCUUAUCCUGGUCCUAAAAGAACGAAGAUUUCGCCAAAAUACCAAUGCGGUGAGUCUCAGAAGGCUGUGUCGCACUCUAAGUGUCUUCAGAUGUCUCGUCCUAUUUUUCAAUACUACCAUGACAGGCCCGACAUUGAGUGGACCUGUCCCACUUGUGUUCUGCCGCCACUGAGUGAUUCUUUCUUUGCGGGGUUUUCGGAAGGAGAACUUGCCGAAAUCAAUGUACUGGAAAGUGAUCGAGAGAAAGUUACACAAGAAGAUGAUGCCGAACGGUCGUUUGGAGAAGAAGAUGAGGAUAUUAUCUAUGAUAAUGUACAAUUGGAACUUCUAACAAAACACCAUAGCAAGGAUCUCCUAUUAGCUCAUCUGAACAUUAAUAGUGUCCAGAACAAAUUUGAAGAACUCAGUGCUAUUAUCAAGACCUUACGCGCUCACAUAUAG